AUGGACAACCGCACGGCUUUGUGAGUAUAGUUCAAUUUGAUAAAAAGUUGUUGCGUCUUUGUGAGAGGACGAAGGCGACCAACCACGCGUGUUUGGUGUUGGCCCAUUCAGAGACUUGCCACGAAGAGCACUUGGACGAAGAUGGACGUAAUGACGAUGGAGCACCUGGCGCCCAGCAAGAAGAAUCUGCUGCUGACACCCAAGUGCGAAGUCGUCGCGGGAGAGACGCCAAGCGGAGGCUUCUGCCCCGACCCAGUGUUAUUCCCAGCGGACAAGGCGCAGGGGCUCUCGGUCUGCGAAGACUCUGCCUCCAGCUCCAUGGGCGCGUGCUACCCGAAAUGUAUGGGCACUGUCGAUGACCAAAUGGUGCUUCCUGGCGCACAGGCCAAGCGAUCGGCCUCCGCUGCGAUGGAAUCGACGCUGUACGAGGCGGAGCUGGUGGCCAAGAUGCAGACGUUCGACCUGGAAGAGCUCGGUCUGGCCGCAGCCUCGCAGGCCUCGCAUAAGAAGCAGGAAAAGAGUAUCAUCGUGGACUAUGAGGACAGCGACGGAGAACACCUCGAACUACGCCCCAAGGAGGCCACGUGUGCCCCCAGCGCCUGUGCACCAGUACUGACGGGCGCAGAAUCGAAUAAUGCGCGUCACACGCGUCGUCGCUCGCGUUGCGGCAGCUCAGAGGUAGCAGCAACCGGCAGUUUGAGGGGGAAGAGUGUGAUCUUCGAGAAGAACAUCAAGUCCGUUGAGCCUGAGUCGCCUAACACCUCAGACACAGAUGCAGAGGAGGAAAUGCGCUGCUCCAAGGUGCACAAACUCUGCAUGUGCGAGGUGAAGCUGCAUCGAUCGCUGGAAUCGUGUUGGCUCGUGUGCAGCGGCCAAGUAUAUGACGUCACGGGGCUCGUGACUGCCCAUCCUGGUGGUGUGCGCUCAAUACUUCGCAAGGCUGGCGGCCCGGACUGUGCACGGGAUAUGAAAUUCCACACCAAGAACGCUCGUAAAAUGAUGGAGAAAUGUUUCAUUGGGAAGCUCCAGCAGUGCGGCGACGACGUCGACUGCUCCGGUGAAGCCAACUGCAGCAUUAUGUAGCCAAUGCGAGUAGAACAAGAGUAGAUCUAGACGUAGGAAGCAGGCGAGACAGACACAUUGCCGCGUCUUCUUUCUGUAUAAUUUAACCAAGCGCAAGGCACAAGCGGCAACUGGGAAAUCACACAUAUUUUUUUAUUUACUGCCAAAAGAAACUGAGCAAAAUUUCCACUUUUGCAACUCGAU